AUGAACGGUCCCUUAGCGAUCCCUGAUACGACAACAUACCUCAAGGCCACUGCCGAGAGCAUUAAGACUCCUAAGCCUCUUGUCUAUAAACAACCCGACAUAAUACCAACACAUACACCCAAGGCUACUGAAGAGAUGCCAUCCUUCCUCAUUCCUAUGGUAUCCAAAAAGGAGAAUGGGCGGUUCUUUGGCAAAGUCAAAGAGUUCACCUUCUACAAGCCCGAUCUGGACAAACUGCACAAGGCUGCCAAGAGAAUCGACUACACCAGCAACUACAGCCUUCUGGGCUUGGUGUAG